GUUAGUCAAGUUCAAAUUAAAAAAUAAGAAACUUUAUAAAGCAAUUAAUUGUCUGAUCGGUGCUGUUAUACGGGCAUUCCCAGAGAGCAAUUUGACAGGCGGAAAAGAAACUGUGUUGGUUCCAAACAAACAAUCAGCGAAAACAAUGGAACUCGCAGAAUGGAUAUGGAAAUAUUACACACAAGAAGGUCCUAAUACAGUGACGUGUAACCGUUGUCUUGAAAUUUUACCUAAUCAUAACAGACUGCAAAUCUUAAAAUACCACUUAUAUGAUAAACAUGGAAUAACAGAAUUAGAUGGGCAUCCAGAACGUGACAUCAUACAGGAAAAUUUUAAAAUAACAUGUCUAACAGCAACGUGUAAUCAUUGUAAAGGAAAAAGUAACCUUGCCAUUUAUGGUGUACAUAUUUUAAUAAUUCAUUUAAGAACUAUUCAUUCGGAUAAAUAUAAUUUAAACAAGAGAAGGUCAGGUAUAUGGGCAAAGUACGAUAUAACAGACAACAAGGCAAUAUGCAAACAAUGCAAAAGAAUAAUAAAAAUAAAUAGUAAAAAACCUCAAAGAAAUUUAUAUCUUCACCUACAUCGUUGUCGGUUCAAGAAGAUAAAAAUAUCACACAUAUGGGACAAGUUUAACGUAAAAGAAAGCAAGGUUACGUGCAAAGAAUGUAAAGGAACAAUAAAAGUAAAUAGUAAAAUACCUACGAAAAAUUUAAAUGUUCAUCUACGUCAUUGUCGGCUAAAGAUGAGACGAAAAAUAUCACACCUAUGGGACAAGUUCAAUGUGAUAGAAAACAAGGCUACAUGCAAAGAAUGUAAAAGAACAAUAUUAAUAAAUCGUGAAUAUAUGAGAGUAGAAUUAACACAACAUUUAAUACUUUAUUGUCAUUACUUUAAUAAUUACUACCUGGACAAAUGUAAGUUAAAAGAGAUGCAAAGGAGAUUACGCAUAUGGGACAAGUACGAGGUAACUAACACCAAAGCAACAUGCAGGAAAUGUAAAGAAGCAAUAACAAUAAACCGUGACACUCCUGCAACAAAUUUAAGCGAACACUUACUUCAAUGUCGCUACUCAAAUAUUGACGACCUAAGUAUAGGCUCAUUAACGAACUUUCGAAAACCACACGCUUGGGAAAAGUUUGUUUAUUAUGGAGACAGAGCGAUAUGCAAGCGAUGUUAUAAAAACCUGGAACUAAGUGGUACACGACCAAUAGCACGUUUACGGAGUCACUUAAAAUAUUGUCGCCGCUUAAGUCUUGGUGAACUGAAUAAAGAUGCGUUAAAGAAGUUAUGUAAAAGAUCAGAAAUAUGGAAGAAGUUUGAUGUAGAUGGAAACAAGGCGAUAUGCCAGAAAUGUAAAAAGGCACUGUCAAUAAGUGGUAGAAAACCAUUAGAAAAUUUACGGGCUCACGUAACAUCUUGUCGCGGUUUCAAUAUUAAUGAUUUAAGUAAAGAUGAGUUGAAAGAAUUACGAAAACAAUCACAGGUAUCGAAGCAGUUUGAUGAAGUUGGAAACAGAGCGACAUGCAAGUGUAAUAAAAUUCUGUCACUAAAUGGUAUGCAGCCAUCAGCAAAUUUCCGGAAUCACUUAACAUGGUGUCGUGGACUGAAUAAAGAUGAGCUAAAGAAGUUACGAAGAAACUCAGUAAUAUGGCAGAAGUUUGAUGUAGAGGAAAACAAGGCGAUAUGCAAGGAUCCGCCACCAAAAACAGGACAAAUUUAAAUUUGAAUUUCCCGCCCCACGGGACGUUUCUUUUGUAAUUUCGUUUUGACGAAUAAAAUUUUGUUGCAACAAA